UGAUACCUUAAAUAUAAUGAUUAAUUUCGAAAGUUCUCAUGGUUUUUUCAAGGUUUAUUUAUGUUCUUUUUUUUUUUAUCUAGCAAUUUUCACAAUUCUGCUGUUCUUCUAAAUUGAGUUCUCCCCGAAGAAGACCUGCAAAGUCGGGUCGAAACGUUGGCUUUUAAUAAAAUAGUUUUGCCGCUAUUUAG